AGGCAGGGGACAGGAUAGAACCUGUUAACUCAUUGCUGAUUUCCCUAGCAAAUAAACCAGCAGCUGCAGGUCCAAGCCCUGGCUUAGUGCUGAGAAGGUGGCAUUUGUGUGGGACAGGAUGCUUUCAUGGAGCCCUUUAGCCAACUUCUUUUGGGACUUACAGUGCAAAAUAUAUUUUCUGCUUGUAGGGAUUUGUUCUGCCUUAAAAUUGACAGUACCAUCUCAUACCAUCCACGGUAUUGAGGGGCAACCACUUCAUCUUUCUGUUGACUACAAUUUCAAUGCUACAGCCUCUGAAAUCCAGAUAAUUUGGCUUUUUGAGAGGUCUCAGGGUGAUCCAAAAUACUUGCUUGGCUCUGUGAAUCAAAGAGUAGUUCCAGACCUGGAAUACCAGCACAAGUUUACCCUUAUACCACCGAAUGCAUCUUUGAGGAUUAAUCCAUUGCAUCUCAGUGAUGAGGGCAAUUACAUUGUAAAAGUCAAUGUCCGUGGGAAUGGGACCAUAGCUGCAAGUCAAAAGAUUCGAGUAGCUGUUGAUGUUCCAGUCACAAAACCAACUGUACAUACCGAACCAUCUUCAGGAGUAGUGGAGUAUGUAGGGAAUAUUACCCUAAAAUGUAAUGUGGAUAGAGGUACAAGGGUAGCUUACCAGUGGAUAAAAAAUGGGAAGCGUCUUCAUGCUGGUCCUAAUUAUACCUUUUCAUCAAACAAUGCUACACUUCUGAUUGUUCCUGUAGUGAAAGAAGACAUUGGGAAUUACAGCUGUCUGGUAUCUAACCCUGUCAGUGCAAUGGAAAGUGAGAUAAUAGCACCAACCAUAUAUUAUGGACCUUAUGGACUUAGAGUAAAAUCAGACAAAGGUCUGAAUAUAGGGGCAGUGUUUACAGUUGACGUGGGGGAAGUUGUGCUGUUUGACUGCUCAGCAGAUUCAAAUCCACCAAACACUUAUUCAUGGAUUCAAAGGGAUGACAAUACCACUCAAGUAAUCAAAUAUGGACCCCAUCUGGAAGUUGUAUCUGAUAAAGUGGCCCAGAAGACAAUAGAUUACAUGUGCUGUGCUUUCAACAAUGUGACUGGGAAACGAGAUGAAACUCACUUCACCGUUGUUGUUAUGUCUGUAGGGUUGGAAAAGCUGGCCCAGAAAGGAAAAUCUUUGUCUUCUCUUGCAGUAAUAACGGGGAUUUCAUUAUUUUUGAUCCUAGCUAUGGCCUUUUUAUUCCUAUGGAAAAGAUAUCAGCCACAUAAAGUGAUACAACAGAAGCUACAGAGCAGGGCAGAGGCUGAUUACAGAAAGGCACAGGCAUUUUCAGGACAUGAAAGUGCUUCGGAUGAUUUUGGGAUAUACGAGUUCAUCACUUUUCCAGAUCUUACCAGUGGUUCUAGGGUUUCAAGUCAAUCUGUUCCUGGCCCUGACUCUGUCACAGCCCAGGAUAUGCUAAGUACGGUUUAUGAAGUUAUUCAGCACGUUCCUGAGCAGCCACAACAAGACCCCCAACAAUGUAUAUGAAGAUACAGGAAGAGGAAGUCAAAGUAUCUGAAAAUACCAAAGUUACUUCUUUUUCUUUAUAAUAUAUUGAAGCAAACACCUACAACUCCAAGAGUGGCAAAGGCUUAUGCCAUCUUUUCUUAAAAUAGCAGUUUCUCUUCAGACUGACAAUCCCUUUUCUUGGGGUGCUCCAAAUUGCCCAUUUCUUAAUUAUUUUUUCUUUUUUGAAGUAGUAAUUUCUUGGGAUAUUUUUAAUUCUUUUUUCUUUUUUCCUUAUCAGUGAAUACAAAAGACAAAGAGAUAGCUUAAAAAAUGCACUAUAAAACCUGCACCUUUUCUAAAACACAGUCAGCAGAGGCACAAGAAGGAAAGGCCCCAAGAUGCUAUCCAUGCUUGUUUUAUUUAAAAAAUAGCAAAAAACAGCAAACAGAGGAUUUUUUUAUUUGGGUUAACUUUCACAAGAGAAGACCUCCAUGCUGGCAUGAAAAGUAAUAAAUGCAAUAUGUCAGAUUGCAAAAUACAUUUGAGGUUUAGAACAAAGUCAUUCUUUUUAUUUCAUUUAAUAUGACAUAAUUUUCAAGCAUAGAAAUAGAUCUGUCAGGCAGUUACAAAAAUGUACAUAUGUAUAUUAUUCAGAAUAAUGUGUUCUCAUUAAAUUCCGUUUCCUUUGCA